AUGGUUUCCAAGGUAGUACUAUUCGUUGCUUUGGUGGGUGUUGUAUCCGCCGAGCAUGCGUUCUCCUCCCAACACAUCCACAAGUACGACGGACACCAUGAGCCCGUACACCACGGACACCAUCAUGAUUAUUAUACCCACCCUAAAUACGAGUUCGAGUACAAAGUGAGCGACCCUCACACCGGCGACCACAAGAGUCAGCACGAGUCCCGCGACGGUGACGUCGUCAAGGGAUAUUACUCGCUGCACCAACCUGACGGCUCCGAAAGACACGUGCACUACCACGGUGAUCAUCAUUCUGGGUAG